GUGCCCACCACCACACCCGGCUAAUUUUUGUAUUUUUAGUAGAGACGGGGUUUCUGCAUUUUGGUCAGGCUGGUCUGGAACUCCUGACCUCGUGAUCCACCUGCCUCAGCCUCCCAAAGUGCUGGGAUUACAGGCGUGAGCCACCGUGCCUGGCUGGGAGGUCAUUUUAAGGAGGGCUGCCCAACUGCAAGGGCGCUGUAAGCAGGAAGUGAAACCACAGCGCUUCAAAAAAAAGAGCGGGACUGGGACAAGCGUAUCUAAGAGGCUGAACAUGAAUCCACAGAUCAGAAAUCCGAUGGAGCGGAUGUAUCGACGCACAUUCAACUACAACUUUGAAAAUGAACCCAUCCUCUAUGGUCGGAGCUACACCUGGCUGUGCUACGAAGUGAAAAUAAGGAAGGACCCCUCAAAGCUCCCUUGGGACACAGGGGUCUUUCGAGGCCAGGUACGACCCAAACUUCAGUCGAAUCGUAGGUACGAACUAAGCAACUGGGAAUGCAGAAAACACGUGUAUUUCCAGCCUCAGUACCACGCAGAAAUGUGCUUCCUCUCUUGGUUCUGUGGCAACCAGCUGCCUGCUAACAAGCGCUUCCAGAUCACCUGGUUUGUAUCCUGGAACCCCUGCCCAGACUGUGUGGCAAAGGUGACCGAAUUCCUGGCUGAGCACCCCAAUGUCACCCUGACCAUCUCUGCCGCCCGCCUCUACUACUAUUGGGGUAAAGAUUGGCGGAGGGCGCUCCGCAGGCUGCAUCAGGCAGGGGCCCGAGUGAAGAUCAUGGACUAUGAAGAAUUUGCAUACUGCUGGGAAAACUUUGUGUACAAUGAAGGUCAGUCAUUCAUGCCUUGGGACAAAUUCGAUGACAAUUAUGCAUUCCUGCACUGCAAGCUAAAGGAGAUUCUCAGAAACCCGAUGAAGGCAAUGUAUCCACACACAUUCUACUUCCACUUUGAAAACCUACAGAAAGCCUAUGGUCGGAAUGAAACCUGGCUGUGCUUCGCCGUGGAAAUUAUAAAGCAGCACUCAACUGUCUCCUGGAAGACGGGUGUCUUCCGAAACCAGGUUGAUCCUGAGACCCAUUGUCAUGCAGAAAGGUGCUUCCUCUCUUGGUUCUGCGACAACACACUGUCUCCUAAGAAAAACUACCAGGUCACCUGGUACAUAUCUUGGAGCCCUUGUCCAGAGUGUGCAGGGGAGGUGGCCGAGUUCCUGGCCACGCACAGCAACGUGAAGCUCACCAUCUAUACCGCCCGCCUCUACUACUUCUGGGAUACAGAUUACCAGGAGGGGCUCCGCAGCCUGAGUGAGGAAGGGGCCUCCGUGGAGAUCAUGGGCUACGAAGAUUUUAAAUAUUGUUGGGAAAACUUUGUGUGCGAUGAUGGUGAGCCAUUCAAGCCUUGGAAGGGAAUAAACACCAACUUUCGAUUUCUGGAAAGACGCCUAUGGAAGAUUCUUCAGUGAGGGGUCUCCCCGGGCCUCAUGGUCUGUCUCCUCUAGCCUCCUGCUCAUGCUACGUGGGCCUCCCCUCCACCCUGGACCAGCUCUGCUUUUGCCUGGUCAUCCUGAGCCCCUCCUGCCCUCAGGGCCAUUCCACUGUGCUCCCCUGCCUCACCGCCUCCUCCUCGCUCUCCCAGGCUCUUCCUUCAGAGGCCCCUUUCUGCUUCUAUGGCUACCCAUCCACCUCCCCAGUCCUGUUUCCCCAGCCUGGGUGCUCCUAACCUGCCUCUUCCCAUCUCCCCAACAUAAUAAAAAAAAAAUUUUUUUUUUUUUUUUUU